UGACUUCGACACAGGCGAACGCUCCGUGUUCCUCUCCGCGACUCUAGGUUUCGUUUCGUCCCGUCCGACUUUUCCCCCACUCGUGGACGCUGAACAGAACUCCUCACGGAACGUUAAUGGAACCCGACAGCGACGUAGGGAUAAUUUCGUAGUGAAUUUAAAAAACCAGCCGCUUGGCAAAGUUACAGCUAGCACAGCUAAGUAAGUUAGCUAGCUAGCUAGUUGGCUAGCUCGCUCGCUAGCUAUCUCUCAUUUUCCGUGUUCUAGAAGCUCGUGCGUGUGCGUUAGCUAUUGGCGAUAACGUUAAGGUCGGUGAGUGAGAAGACGCCUUGGUGUAUUAGUAUUAUUUCCUUUUAAUUCUGGGGCCGUUUGAUGGAUCCUAGAAUCGCCUGGUUUCAGCCAGAACAGUGCGGACCUGCUAACAGCCUGUGGAUGCAGAUUUGGGAGACGACGCAGGGCCUCGGUAAUUUGUACUUUCACAGUAACGUUAACGGAGGCGGCGGCAGCGGUAACAGCAACAACAGCGGAGGAGGAGGAGGAGGAGGUGGUGGUGUUGGAGGAGGAGGUGGUGGUGGAGGAGGAGGAGGCGGAUACAGCUCGAACCCCAAGCCGAGCGGAGACGGUGUAGUAGCGGCAGAGACCAGCGCGGCUCCCGAUUGCGGCGAGCCGAAACACCGCGGGAUGUCCGGAGAAAUCGCGGAGCAGCGAGACUUCAUACCGCUGGAAAGUAAUAUCGUUAUUAUUAACAACAACCAUUACAACCAGCGGAGCGCGGCGACGGGCCGCGGAGGAGCGUGGAGCGGGGCGCAGGAAGCAGCAGCAGCAGCAGCCGCGGCGCAGCGCAACAAGCGCAAACGGGAUAACAAGGCGAGCACGUUCGGCUUCAACCUUCAACUCAACAGCUCUUCCGGCCCGGACGCGGAUCUGUACACGGGCACGCCGUGGAAACGGAGAAACUACUCCGGGGGAGUGAUCGGGCUCCAUGAGGAGAUCAAAGACUUCUACGAGUACAUGUCUCCUCGGGAGGAGGAAGAGCGGAUGAGAAUGGAAGUUGUCGAUAGAAUAAAGAGAGUCAUCAAGGACCUAUGGCCAAGUGCAGAAGUCCAAGUGUUCGGCAGUUUCAGCACUGGCCUGUAUUUGCCUACAAGUGAUAUAGACCUGGUAGUGUUCGGAAACUGGGAGACGCUUCCUCUGUGGACGCUGGAGGAGGAGCUGCGCAAGAGGAAAGUCGCAGACGAGAAUUCAGUCAAAGUGCUCGAUAAAGCAACGGUUCCGAUUAUCAAGCUGACAGACGCUCACACUGAGGUCAAAGUGGACAUCAGUUUUAACGUGCACAGUGGCGUGAAGGCUGCCAAUCUCAUCAAAGACUUCAAAAAGAAAUUCCCCGUGCUGCCGUACCUGGUGCUGGUGCUAAAACAGUUCCUGCUGCAGAGAGAGCUGAACGAGGUGUUUACUGGAGGCAUCGGAUCCUACAGCCUGUUUCUCAUGGCUGUCAGCUUCCUACAGCUACACUACAGAGAGGAUGUGAGCAAUCCCAACUCCAACAUGGGCGUCUUGCUGAUCGAGUUCUUCGAACUGUACGGCCGCCAUUUUAACUACCUGAAGACGGGAAUUAGGAUUAAAGAUGGUGGCUCAUAUGUGGCCAAAGACGAGGUGCUGAAUGGCAUGUUGGACGGAUACAGACCAUCCAUGCUGUACAUCGAGGAUCCACUGCAGCCGGGCAACGAUGUUGGAAGGAGCUCCUAUGGGGCCAUGCAGGUGAAGCAAGCAUUCGAAUAUGCGUACGUGGUUCUGGAACACGCCGUCUCUCCCAUCGCCAAGCACUACCCCAAUAACAAAUCUGAAAGUAUUCUGGGUCGAAUAAUCCGCGUCACACGGGAGGUAGCCGAGUACCGUGAUUGGAUCAGCGAGCACUGGGGCCAGCAGUCACAAAGCGAGGCGGCCUUCAUCUGCAAUGGAAAUGACGUGACCCUCCUGGUGGAGCCUCAGGAGCUGGACGAGUGCAACAACAACUUACCCGAAGAGAUCGUCGUCCUUCCUUCAGCGGCGCGGAGCAAAGCGUCCUCCAACUCCUCGUCCCCGCCUCCUUCCUCGCCUUCAUCGCCGUCUUCAUCCUCAUCACCCUCUCCUUCUUCCACGACGUCCAGUGAUGCAGAUUCGGACGGUACGCCGUGCAAGACGGUGAAACAGUUGCCCGGCCGGGGCUCUGGAGCUCACCGAGAUAACGCAGAGAGGAAUCUGACCAAUCACAGAGCUCAGAGCCAUCCUAUGACCACACCCAGUACAGGCCACAAAGGCAGCAAGAGCCGACAGUUUCGGCCGAGCAAAAGCUCCCCGGCCCAACAGAGCAUCUCGAACAGCAAGAGCCACCAAAGCAGCAAAGCCCAUCAUCACCACACCACCGGAAAGAGACGGAAAAACCAGCCGGAUGCGGCGCACGAGGACCUGUGCAGAUAGGAGGCGCUCUUUUCUUCCCAGACACUCGUCUACUAUUACUUCCCAGACCACAAGGGGGCGCCUCUAGUGUUAUUGGUCCCUUUUUGCCCAAAUCUGGGAUUUUUUAAGCAGUUUAAAAAAAAAAUAAUAAUAAAAAAACGAAAAAAAAAAAAAAAAAAGAA